AUGGAACUUGGAUGCUCCCGACACCUUAAACUUCCAUGUAGUCUGCAUCCAAUUGGAAUUUCCAAACACGGGAACACCCUGUCGGAACUGCUGAUUUAUUUUCCAGCGAUCCCUAAGAUAACGUAUGCGAUAUUGGCGGUGCUACUGACGGUCUACUAUUACAUCUACUUGUGCUCCAUCACAUGGUUCGUGUUCGUGCGAUGUCCGCAGACCGGCGACCUGGCUGCUGCCUCCAUCGUCUUCUCCCUCGGAGUGUCCAGCGAGAUCGGUGCCAUCAAACUCUUCAUCAUAGCGAAGCUGCGUGACAUAACGGGCGAGUACCUGCAGUGCGAGGCGGACAUGGCGCCGGGCCGGCUGCGCGCGCGCGUGGGCCGCUCCCUGCGCACCGUCAGGAGACGGGCCUUCGUCUACUGGCUGGUGUUGGUAGUCAACGCGUUCGCCUAUGACUUGAUGCCCGCUUUCUUACCCGGAAGACAUCUCUCUGAAGACGUCUUUGUUAUUUACGGAUUCGAGCCGAUGUUUGAAUCGCCAAACUUCGAAAUAGCGUCAACCCUGAUGGGCGUGUCGGUGGUGUUCAUCUGUUACACGGCGGGGAGCAUCAGCGCCUUCCUCAUCGUCAUCGUAGGCUACUCCGAGGCGACCAUGCUGGCGCUCAGCGACGAAAUCAGCUGCGUGUGGGACGACGCGUGUGCCUCCGAAUGUCAACAGCCAAACGACUUUAUCAGGGCACGUCUUGGAAAGAUCGUCGCGAUCCACACGAAGCAAAUCCGUCUCAUCCGUGAGGUCGAGGUCGUGUUCCGCGGCGCGCUUGCAGGCGGCUUCGCGUGCGUCGCGUUCGGUCUCAUCGCGGCGCUGCUCGGGGGGCUCGAGAACACAUUCUUGCAGUUGCCUUUCUGCGUCAUUCAAAUAUCAGUGGACUGCUUCGUUGGACAGCGACUGCGGGACGCCAACGUCGCGUUCGAGACGGCCGUGUACAACUGCAAAUGGGAAUACUUCGACAAAUCUAAUAUGAAGACGGUGCUGCUGAUUCUGCAGAACUCCCAGAAGACGAUGGGCUUGACGGCGGGAGGGGUGGCCGCGCUCGACUUCACCUCGCUCAUGACCAUAUUCAAGUCUGUGUAUUCCGUACACCACUCUCAGACCGAUGAUUAA